GGGCCCGGCUCGCCGCGCUGGAGCGGCGGGCCGGGGCCGGUCUGGGCGCGUUUGUCAGGGGGAAUUGUGUCGUUCCAGGUCUCUGGGCCGCAGGGCGUGCAGGUGGAGGAGCGGGGCCGCGAACGAGAGAGCGCUGCGGUACCGGCCGGGCGAGCAGAUCCACGGCUUCACCGUGCAGCAGGUGACAGCUGUUCCUGAGCUGUUCCUGACUGCAGUGAAGCUUAGUCAUGAUGGUACAGGAGCCAGGUAUUUACAUGUGGCUCGGGAGGACUCCAAUAAUCUGUUCAGUAUCCAAUUCCGAACCACUCCGAUGGACAGCACUGGGGUCCCACAUAUUCUGGAGCACACGGUGCUCUGUGGUUCUCAAAAGUAUCCCUGCAGAGAUCCCUUCUUUAAAAUGUUGAACAGAUCACUGUCCACUUUUAUGAAUGCAUUCACAGCUAGUGAUUACACUCUCUAUCCAUUUUCAACACAAAAUCCCAAGGACUUUCAAAACCUCCUGUCAGUGUACUUGGAUGCAGCUUUCUUUCCAUGUUUGCGUCAGCUAGAUUUCUGGCAAGAAGGUUGGAGGUUAGAACAUGAGAACCCAGCUGAUCCUCAGACACCUCUAGUCUUCAAAGGAGUUGUUUUUAAUGAAAUGAAAGGGGCAUUUACAGAUAAUGAGAGGAUAUUUGCACAGCACCUGCAGAACAAAAUCCUUCCUGAUCACACUUACAGUGUAAUUUCUGGUGGAGAUCCAUUAUGUAUUCCUGACCUUACAUGGGAGCAGCUUAAGCAGUUCCAUGCCACACAUUAUCAUCCAAGCAAUUCCAGAUUUUUUACUUACGGUAAUUUUCCACUGGAGCAACAUCUGAAGCAAAUACAUGAGGAAGCAUUGGUAAAAUUUGAAAGAAUUGAAUCAAAUACUGACAUCCCAAAACAGAAAAUCUGGGAUAAGCCUAGAGAACACAGGGUAACAUGUGGUUUAGACUCCUUUGCUGCUGAUCCUUCCAAGCAGACCACUGUCAGUGUCAGCUACUUGUUGACAGAUAUUACAGACACUUUUGAAACGUUCACCCUAAGCCUGUUGUCUUCACUGUUGGUUGAUGGGCCAAAUUCUCCUUUUUACAAAGCCUUAAUUGAGUCUGGUGUUGGUACAGAUUUUUCUCCUGACGUUGGGUUUAAUGGCUCAACAAGAGAAGCUUAUUUCAGUGUGGGUCUACAGGGUAUUGCUGAAAGAGACAUUGAUACUGUGAAACAGAUAAUUGACAGAACAGUCGAUGAAGUUAUUGUGAAAGGUUUUGAGGAAGAUAGGAUUGAAGCUCUACUUCACAAAAUUGAAAUACAGUUGAAGCAUCAGUCUACGAGUUUUGGACUUGCCCUGACAUCUUACAUAGCUUCGUGCUGGAAUCAAGAUGGGGAUCCAGUGGAGCUUCUGAAGAUUGCAGAUAAAGUCUCUCGGUUCAAGCAGUGUCUUAAAGAAAAUCCCAGAUUUCUUCAGGAAAAAGUUAAAACAUACUUCAAGGAUAAUCCACACAAAUUGACUCUGUCAAUGAGUCCAGAGGAAGACUACCAUGAUAAACAAGCUAAAAUGGAAGCAGAAAAGCUGGAAAAAAAGGUCAAUGCACUUUCUGAAGAGGAAAAAACACAAAUCUUUGAAAAAGGUUUGGAAUUAAUUGCUCUUCAAAGCAAACCUCAGGAUACCUCUUGUCUCCCAGCUUUAAAAGUGUCUGACAUCGAGCCCAAAAUCCCCUUCACUGUGCUGGAGACAGCACUUGCAGCUGAUGACAUUCCUGUCCAGUACUGUGCUCAGCCAACCAAUGGGGUGGUUUAUUUCCGAGCUGUUUCCAGCCUGAACGCGCUUCCUGAGGAGCUCAAGCCAUACGUGCCACUCUUCUGCAACGUCAUUACCAAGAUGGGAUGUGGAGCCCUUGAUUACAGGGAACAAGCCCAGAAAAUAGAAUUAAAAACAGGUGGUAUGUCUGUCAGCCCACAUAUCACUCCAGAUGAUUCACACCUGGAUGUCUAUGAACAGGGUGUGCUUUUUUCAUCUCUGUGCUUGGAUAGAAAUCUGCCAGACAUGAUGAAUUUAUGGAGUGAAAUAUUUAACAACCCAAGGUUUGAGGAGGAAGAACAUUUCAGAGUGCUGGUUAAGAAGACUGCCCAGGAGCUGUCAAAUGGCAUUCCAGAUUGUGGCCAUUUAUAUGCCUCUAUUAGAGCCAGCAAAAACCUUACAUCUUCUGGAGAGCUGCAGGAAAUGUUCAAUGGGAUGGAUCAGGUGAAGUUGAUGAAGAGAAUAGCAGAAAUGUCUGAUAUUAAACCCAUACUACGCAAACUACCACGCAUUAAGAAGUAUUUGUUAAACAGUGACAACAUCAGAUGUUCUGUGAAUGCAGCACCUCAGCAGAUACCAGAAGCAUCUAAAGAAGUAGAGAAAUUUCUAAAGGGCAUAGCCAGAAGUAAAAAAGAGAGAAAACCUGUUCGUCCACAUGUGAUUGAGAAAUCUUCAGAAGUGAAACUUGUGGGAAGUGAAAUGGCUACUGGUUUGCAGAUCACAAGGAAAUUAGUUAAUGAUUCUACUUUCAAGCCAUGCCAGAUGAAGACCCAUUUUGUACUUCCCUUCCCAGUGAACUAUACUGGGGAAUGCAUUCGAACAGUUCCCUACACGGCUGCAGACUAUGCCAGCCUUCGAGUUCUUGCACGGUUGAUGACAGCUAAAUUCCUACAUACAGAAAUCAGAGAGAAAGGAGGGGCUUAUGGUGGAGGUGCUAAACUUAGUCAGAAUGGCAUAUUCACAUUCUACUCCUACAGAGACCCAAAUUCAUUAGCCACCUUGAAAACCUUUGAAAAAGCAGUUGAAUGGGCCAGAUCUGGAGAAUUCACACAGCAAGAUAUUGAUGAAGCUAAACUAGCAGUGUUUGCUGCUGUGGAUGCACCAAUAGCUCCUUCAGACAAAGGAAUGGGUCAUUUCCUGUAUGGGAUUUCAGAUGAAAUGAAGCAGUCGCACAGAGAACAACUUUUUGCUGUCAACAGUGAUAACUUGGUUGAUGUAUCUAACAAGUAUCUUGCAGUUGGGAAGAGCACUCGUGGUCAAGCUGUACUUGGCCCAGAAAAUGCAGAGAUCACCAAAGAUCCCUCAUGGGUCAAGCGAUGACUUUGGCUUUUCUGUGGGUGUUUAGCUGCAAUCUGUGUGACUACAACAUUAGGGGUUUUAGUAACUUUUAGCAGUGCUGUGGUCCAACUGAAAUGUUCAUUGCUGGUUUUUAACAGUGUUCACCAAACCAGUUAGAAGCUCCCCUUCUCAGAAUAAUGAUGUGAAAAAUUUUCUAACCAUACAGUAUUUGAGAGCAAGAAUUAUAUGCUCUGCAUGGCAAAGACAGACUUUAAUCUUUUAAUGAAGCCUCACUCCUCCAAUCACAUGUGAACACUAUAUAAAUGAAAUAUUUUUGUAUAUGUAAAACUCUAGUUUUGAAUGGUGUUUUGUUUGAAAUCAUGUUUGCUGCUGGGUAUAUAAAAGAGCUGUCUCUCAUACUGACAGA